CAAAAUUUCCAAUAUGGUGGUUUUCCUUAUCAAGUCUUGCAUAUCAAGAAAUUUUAAAUAACAAUAGCAUAUUGCCACAAUGUCGUUGUUUAACGAAAUGAGAGAAGAUGGACAGCUUCAUUAUAUAUCUCAAAAAUUAGCAGAAUCAGUUGAAAUCAUAUUAAACCCAAGUUCUUCGCACGAUAAAAGACUUCAAGCAACGAAGUUCUGCGAGGAAUUUAAAGAAAGCAAAACAAACUUGCUUCAAUGUGGUCACUACUUAUACAAAAGUCGCAACAACUUUGUGGUGAAACAUUUUGGAUUGCAGCUCAUACACCAUGGCAUUAGGGUCAACUGGAAUAACAUGACACACAAAGAGAAAAAUGAUUUAAAGUCAUUGGCUUUGAAACAUAUUAAAACGAAUCCAGUUUCCUUACUCGAUGAACCAACUUAUUUGAAAGAUGCGAUAGCGAAAUAUGCAGUGGAAAUAAUGAAAAGGGAAUGGCCACAAAACUGGCCUGAUGUUAUAAACCAACUUGGGGAUAUAGCUCAACAGGGGCCCUCACAGUUGUUCACCGUUUUACGUACGUUGUUAUUUCUGGCCGAAGAUGUUACGAAUGCAGACGGAGAUUUACCGUCUGAACGACGGAAAGAUAUGAUGUCGGCAAUGAACGUCAUCAUUGAAGAUCUUUUUAAGUUUUUCGUAAAAACUCUUCGAAAUACCGCGGAAACACUGAAAUCACUGAAAAUGCAGAAUGACGAUGAGCUGAACAGACAGAUUCUUGAAAAUAAACUUCUCGCUGAAACGAGUUUAAACACGCUCUGUGGAUAUGUGGAUUGGGUGAAUAUAAUCUAUAUAGUCCAGGAAAAUGCUCUUUUACUCCAAACACUCUGCUUACUCUUACGUUACAACGAACUUCGCCUGAAAGCAGCAGAAUGUUUUGAAGGUGUAGUUAUGCGAAAGGGACCAACUACAGAGAGAGUUCCAUUGUUGAUAUUGUUUAGUAUGGAUGCUUUAUCUUUGAUAUUUUCAUCUAUAACAGAUAUAAUCAAAUCUCACAAUGAUGAUCUGAAUGAAGAAAAUCAUAUUUUUCUUAAGAGAGUUUGCAAUAUAUUGUCAUCACUUGGCCAAUUACAACUAGCCAAUAUUUGGGGUUCUCCUAAUCAUGCUGACAUAGACGAACCCGUUCAUUUUGACGUGUAUCUACAAGCACUGAUAUUUUUAUACAAACACAAAAACAUGAUUAUGUCAGAUUUAAUCAGCAAAACGUAUUUGGCAUUUUUGACAAACAAGACCAUUUGCAAGAACGCUACAUUUUGUUCGUAUAUACCACAAAUUUUAGAAAUAUCCAAAACGAAAAUAUCGAGGGGGCUACAUCCAGCAUUAAAUUCAAGCAAUUUGUUAUACCCAGAUGUAGAUUUUGGCUCCUUCGCUGAGAAAUACACAGCUUGGACAAAUUUGAGAAAGAGUACAAAAGAUAUAAUUCAAGAUAUUACGUCGUUAUAUCCAUCUGACGCUUUUCUUCAUACAGCCAGCUGGCUUGUUAACUUAACUUCAACUCCUAUUACGACACAAGUGUCCGAGAAUAGCGUUGAGUAUUGUGAAUGGGAUAGUUUGGCAAGCUUUACAAGUUCAGUUGUCAAUCGAUUAUUCAAAAAUGGCAUCUCAUUUGUAAAGGAAUUUAAUGAAUGUCGUUUAAAAAUGGGCGAUACAUUUAUCUCAUUUGGCGAUUUAGCAAAGAAAUGCAUCGAAUCGUUACUUCGUUACAACACCGAGGCUCUAUUAAUUCAAAAUAUCGUACUGCAAAUGCUGGAAUCUUUUAUACCAUUCCUUGAGAUUCACAGCGAACUUCUUUUAAAGCUUGUUUACAAGCUAUUUACAGCUGUAGUUUACAAGCCCAGUGAUGGAGAGGAUUGUCAGUCGUUGAAAAGUUCAGAAUAUCGACGCUCGGCCGGAUCAAUAUGGAUAAGACUUUGUCUCACUCACAACAAAUUAAUGAUUAACAUCAUUGAUGACCUCACAAAGCAAGUUGAAUUAACAUUUAUCGGCUAUAACGACAUGACUAUGGAAAAAUCUUUUAUGAUGGAAGGUUUAGUUGCAAUAAGCAAUGGCUUCUCACAUUAUGAAAAGCAAUCAGCAUAUCUAAAACAAAUCAUGAAUCCUGUGAAAGAGCAAUGGACAAGUGCCGAAAUUGAACACGCGUUAUUGAGUCCAGAGGCAUUUUAAAGUAUGUUGGUCUUGAUAUUUCAAACGCAGAUGAAUCAAGAGCUAAAGAACGGAGAAACAAGCUACAAAUGUGUCAACGGUUUAUCCACGUGAUUUUAAAACGAGUCGAAAUCCCCAAAG